AGUGCUGACCUUUCCGUCAAGGCCACAUGGCUUCUUGUGGAAAGACUCCCCGGAUUGUUUUGCCUCUGGCUGAGCAGCUGCUAUGAAUGACACCCCAGCAGCACGAAACUUGACCCCGAGGGAAAUCCUCCUUGCUGUAGUGACCCGGCAGAUCCCCCAAUGCCACGGCUCCUAGAAGAUAAGGGAGACCGAUCAGCAAUGGAGGAAAAACCUGCCAAAAUCCCAGGUAGGGCAUGUCCCAGUCGGCAGUCAGGAUGACAGAUGACAGUUCUAAGAAGACGUUGGGUGGGUGUCUAAGCAGUUCAGCCAGGGUGUCCUCUAACUGUUCAUUCCCUAGGGGCUCAAGCAUGGCAAACCUACGGAUAUUUCUAGUGUGGGGAAAAAGGGGAGUCCUUAACCCUGGUGGGAGUUGUCCAAUGCCCUGGGAAGGUGCCUGGUUCCCUUCCCUUUCUCUUCUGUCCUUGCUGUUAACCCUCAUCAAAAAGCCCACAGUGUUUAUCAUUGAGUUGCAUAAGGCAUAUUGUAUUUCCUGGCCUAGCACACAUGCAAGCUACAGCAGGCUGAAGAGAGUUGUCUGCACAUCUUGCUGAAAUGCUGCCCAAGCACGGGCUGUAAGCCUGCAGAGAAUCUGCUAAGCUGCGUGAAGCAAUGCGUAACCUGUGUUGAAAUGGGCAUGCUCAAAAUGAUCAUCCCCGUGUGGAACACAGGAGUCCAAUAAACUCUGGAUGCUGUGUUGUCAAUGUAUUUAUCUGAAUGCACAGCCUGCUUCAUCCCCCAAGGAGCUUGUGCUCACUCUGGUGAAAGUCUGCUUUCGCUUUGCCCAUUUUUACUUUUGCCAUGUGGCCAUCUAGUGGAAAAUAUUCUGUGAGAAUCUGCAGCUUGUUGUUAUCGAUUUAGGGUACACAAACCCCAGGAUAUUAUUCUUGCACAAGCCCUGGUUGUAUCCACACCAUACAGUUAAAGAAGUCUUAGAUUACUUUAACAGUCGUGGGGAAUUCUGGGAACCGUAGUCAGUAGAAUGUGCUGGGAAUUGUAUGGUGUCAAUGUGACCAUCAGUGGAUUGUGGUCUCUGUUCCUGAUGGGUCUCCUCUGUAACUUUUUGCCCACGUUCCUUACUUCCCUGCCAAUGGUGGGAUUAAGUAAAAUUUAAUCUAUGCAUUUAAAACUUGAAUAAUUUCAGAUGACGUUCUUAAUGAAGUCAGAAGCAAACAACAACAAAACACUAUUUAACGUUAAACACUGGGCUGUUUUACUGGGGAUUUUACUUUCUUUUUUGGAGGAGUGUUCAUGUUUUGCAAAAUGUCAGCUGUGUUAAUUAUUUAUAAGAUCUUGCUGCACUUUGAUCUCAUGUCAGCUCUUCUAGAAGUCAUCUUGUUUAUCUCUCAUUGUCCCUGGGAAAUGUUAGCGAAACAAUAUACACUUGAUGAAGCCAAUUAGAGCAAAAAAGCAAACAAUGGUAGAUAAGGUUAUUCUUUGUAGCUUGGGUCCAGGUGCCCUGUAUCCACUGAGGGCCCUUGGAAAUCUACAGCUGAGCCUUUUAAAAUAAAAAUACCCUUUCCCAUACAUUAUAGCUUUUAGUUGACGCCCAGGUGCUUAGCAAAUUUAGAACUCUCAACAGAAUAGAGAAGGUCGGCUUCUCCCCCCCCCCCCCCAAUCUUAUGAGUUUAUGGCUGCUUCUAGUUGUUUCUCAAGAGGUACCAUCUGAAAACCACUUCUUAGAAUUCUCUACAACAACUUUGCUCAGCCUUGGGUAGAAGUUGUUGGACUUACCACUCCCAUCAUCCCUGACUGUUGCCCCUGCUGGCUAUGGAUGAUGGGAGUUGUAGUCCAACAACAUCUGGGAACCCAAGGUUGAGAAAGGCUCUUCUACAGUGCCACCUAGUGUAAGCCUCCAGCUCUAGUACGUACCCCUGCCGUUCAAUAAACCAGCAAGGUGUCCACAGUAAACCUCACCAGGAAUUGAAAACUUUCCACUUUGCCCCAGAAUCUGGCACUUUGGCAUGGGUCUUCCUGGGCUGAGCAUACAAGCUGACUCUGACGCUGGUUCUAGUACUGAUUCAAGGUCAUCCAUUCUCCCCACCCUCACUGACCUUAAGCCCUGCACUUUAAAAAGCCAGAAAACAAGUUAGUUGGUGCUGUGUUGCUGUUAGCAUGGUCAGGUUUUUCCUUUAAGAGGAAUUGGAUGUGGUGGGGUCUUUGGAAAUCUGCAUGGUUGUGAUCGCACCAACAGGCAACACAGAAUUGAUUCCACCACUUGUGCACAAGCCUGAAGUUCUCUGCUUUUAUUUACUUAUUUAUUUAGAAAAACAAGCCUCUAAUCCAAGGUUUGUCAAACUUGGGUCUCCAGCUGAUGUUGGACUACAACUCCCAUCAUCCCUGACCACUGGUCCUUCUAACUAUGAAUGAUGGAAGUUGUAGUCCAACAACAGCUGGAGACCCAAGUUUGACAAACACUGCUGUAAAGGAAAAUAGGUUGGCAAGUUUUCCUCAAAACAUAGGAAACUGAUAAAGAUUUCAUUUACUGGACAGGGAGGCUGGGAUUUAAUGUAAUGACCACUAUUUAUAGUCCUCUGUUUCUUGUUUCUUCCUGUUUCAUAAUUUGUCAUUUAAACAGAAUUUUAAUUCAAAAUUUACAAAAGAAAACUGUCACUAAAUUAUGCAAACUCGCACAUUUUAAAAAGUUACUCUAUUUGUGGGAAUUCUGGGAGGGAUUCAAGGCAGCACUAUGGGAAUUGUUCCUUCAGCGCAAGUAUUUCAACUUGCCAGACAGAACCAGCCCCAUUUCCCCUCUUGGGCUGCUCUGGGGGUUCUCCCAGCCCCCACAGAACCACUUUUGGGGGCAUAGGAAGAGAAGAGGGGGAAACGUUAUGUUAGCAGAAGUCCUUGCAUAAGCUUCUAUUAGCAGGACCCCCUAGUUCAGACCUCCUCAAACUCGGUCCUCCAGAUGUUUUGAGACUACAGUUCCCAUCAUCCCUGACCACUGGUCCUGCUAACUAGGGAUCAUGGGAGUUGUAGGCCAGAAACAUCGGGAGGGCCGAGGUUGAGGAAGCCUGCCCUAGUUGCAUAGUGCCCUGGAUCCAACCCUAAGGGCAAAAUUCCAUAGUGGUAUUAGCUAACCACUCUGGCGCUGUGGAUUAAACCACAGAGCCUAGGACUUGCCAAUCAGAAGGUCGGCAGUUCAAAUCCCCGCGACGGGGUGAGCUCCUGUUGCUCGGUCCCUGCUCCUGCCAACCUAGUAGUUUGAAAGCACGUCAAAGUGCAAGUAGAUAAAUAGGUACCACUCUGGCAGGAAGGUAAACGGCGUUUCCGUACGCUGCUCUGGUUCGCCAGAGUCAUGCUGGCCACAGCUGUAUGUAUCCCUCGGCCAAUAAAGCGAGAUGAGCGCCACAACCCCCGAGUCGGCCACGAUUGGACCUAAUGGUCAGGGGUCCCUUUACCUUUACCUGUAAAAUUGGAAUUGGGAUAUGGGGUCUCUGACCUUGGGAGGUGUCAACUCUUACAUCGCGUCAGUUCAGAAGAACAGAAUGGAUCGGGAAGGCAGGGGAAAGGCAUUGUUGGGGGUCGGGGGGGGGAGGGCUUCCAUUUCUAGAUGGCACCAGCUCCCUCGACUAGCAAAUGUUAAGAACAGCAAGGAACUUUCUCCCCAAUAGUAAAGUGAGCUUGGUCGUUCGUUAUCUCCAAGUUAUCUGUAGUGUACACAGCGGUGGGAGUUCAAUGGCCAAACUGUCCUACACUGAACCUAUUUCGCUUGCAUACACAAACACACACAUGACAAUCAGUAAUCUGGAGCCUCCGGCAAGAGCCAGACAGUCCAGUUUUGGAGAACAAGUAGGCGAUCAGCAGGAUGUCUGGAGCGUUUGGCGAGCUCACUCAGACGCCUUUGCAGAAAGUAUGGAUUCCCCGCACCAGCAAACGCCUGCAGCAACGCAGGGGAUGUGAGUUGGGAUCUGUUCUGCUCCGAUGUGGGUUCUUUCUCCCCGAAGAAGGCCAGGAUCUAUUUUAUUCAGCACCAGGCCAGAGGAAUUAGCUUGAUCGAGGAACAGCCUUUUAACUUGAGGGAAAUGUAGACGGGGCAAUAUUUGUAUUUAACGAACGGGCUGACAUCAGCCCAACUUCUGGUGAAGAAGAGACCCUGGCUGUGUACACACCACACCUUUAAAGCACAUGACUUGAAUCAUGGGAACUGUAGUUUGCUAAAGGUGCUGAGAAUUGUAACUCUGUGCAGGAUGAACUAUUGUUCCCAAGAUUCUUUGGAUAAAACAACUGCCUAUGGCAUAAGGCUUCCCUUGUCGUCUUUUUUUGCUCAAAGGUCUCUGGUGGUUCUAGGAAUGCUAGAAUUCAGGGACUAUAACUACAGUAGUGUAGAAAAAGAUGCAAAAGUUUAAGGUAGGGUACUGAAGCUUCGGGAGCUCCCGAGGUUUUGCGGGCGCUCUCUGGCUUCAUCACAUAGCACAUCAGUUCCUCUUUCUGCCUCUCUCUACAGCCUCCGUGCCACAGUUCACCAAUUCACCAACCAUGGUGAUCAUGGUGGGUUUGCCCGCUCGAGGAAAAACCUACAUCUCCAAAAAACUCACCCGCUACCUCAACUGGAUCGGGACCCCCACUAAAGGUAAUGGUGGGGAAGGGGUUUGUUCAGGGUGGGUGGAAGCUUAGAUCAGAGGGGGAAGCCACACUGCUGGGGCAAGGGUAAUCCUUGAAGAGACCCAGCCCAUCCUGGUCUUCAUCUCCCCAGUGUUCAACGUUGGGCAGUAUCGCCGUGAAGCCGUCCAGACCUACAAGAAUUACGAGUUUUUCAGACCAGACAACGAAGAGGCCAUGCAGAUCCGGAGGUGAGGAAUUCUCCCAUCUACAGGUGAAACUCGGAAAAUUAGAAUAUCGUGGAAAAGUUCAUUUAUUUCAGUAAUUCACCUUAAAAGGUGAAACUAAUAUAUGAGAUAGACUCAUGACAUGCAAAGCGACAUAUGUCAAGCCUUUAUUUGUUAUAAUUGUGAUGAUCAUGGCAUACAGCUGAUGAAAACCCCAAAUUAACAAUCUCAGAAAAUUAGAAUAUUAAAUGAAAUCAGCAAAACAAGGAUUGCAAAUAGAGCAAUAUUGGACCUCUGAGAAGUAGAAGCAUGCAUAUGUACUCAGUACUUGGUUUGGGCCCCUUUUGCAUCAAUUACUGCCUCAAUGUGGUGUGGCAUGAAUGCUAUCAGCCUGUGGCACUGCUGAGGUGUUAUGGAAGACCAGGAUGCUUCAAUAGCAGCCUUCAGCUCUUCUGCAUUGCUUGGUCUCAUGUCUCUCAUCUUUCUCUUGGCAAUGCCCCAUAGAUUCUCUAUGGGGUUCAGGUCAGGCAAGUUCGCUGGCCAAUCAAGCACAGUAAUCCCAUGGGCAUUGAAACAGGUUUUGGUACUUUUGGCAGUGUGGGCAGGUGCCAAAGUCCUGCUGGAAAAUGAAGUCAGCAUCCCCAUAAAGCUCGUCUGCGGAAGGAAGCAUGAAGUGCUCCAAAAUCUCCUGGUAGACGGCUGUGUUGACCCUGGACUUAAUGAAGCACAGUGGACCAACACCAGCUGAUGACAGGAGAUUUUGGAGCACUUCAUGCUUCCUUCCACAGACAAGCUUUAUGGGGAUGCUGACUUCAUUUUCCAGCAGGACUUUGGCACCUGGUUCAAUGCCCAUGGAAUUACUGCAGGGCCACAGGCUCCCCACUCCUCAUGUAGUGGCCAGGGUGCUGUAUGUAGCAGAUCACCACAGCUCAGACUCCACAGGAUCCCAGAGCUUACAUUUGCCUUUCAACCUGGUGAGCAAGGCUUCUCGCUGCUGCCAGGUUAUAAGCUAGAAGCAUUUCAGUGUCAAACGCCAGCAACAGACUUUGGUGUUAUUUUUUUUUAAUACCCUCCCCCUGUCUGCCACAUUCCUAGAUAAUCCUUUCAAACAGUGUUUUUCAAUGUCAGAGAGAAACAUGCCCAACUUUUCCCCAUAACCUUGAAGCUGUUGCCCGAAGCUAUGCUGCAGAUGUGAGUAACAAGAAUCAACAACAGAAAGAGCCAAGAUUAAAAUAAAAAUAAAAAAUUCCACAAGGCUAGGCUGAAGAUAAGACUCAGUGUCAAAUCUCCAGGAGAAAUAAAAGGGACCAUCUGAGCCAGUUCAGAGCCCCCGCUGGAGGGCUGAGUACAGGACAGCCUCCCCCUACCAGGGCUUAUCUAGCCAUCUUUCACUACAAUUCCCAUCGGCCCCAAACAAGCAUUAAAUUGAAUAAAUGUAAAUAAUGGCAGAGAGCUAGUGGAAUGGAAUGUCUAAACUGCAACUUCUUACACAGGAAGUCCCUCCAUAUCGAGGUUUCGCUUUCACUGUGAACACGCUAGGUCAGAGGUGGGGAACGUGUGGCCCUCCUGAUGUUUGUACUCCAACUCCCAUCAGCUCCAGCCAGCAUGGGCAGGCAUGAUGGGUGUUGUAGUCCAGUUACCGUAUUUUUCCGUGUAUAAGACCAGGUUUCCCCCCUAAAAAAUAGUGUCAAAAAUUAGGGGGCGUCUUAUACACGGAUACAUCUCCCCCCAUUUUCUUAAAUCUGAGUCCCCCAAAAUAGGAGGCGACAUAUUAACCAUCCCAGGGCACUCAACCACUGCCAUAAUGUCCUUUCUUCUAUCAGAUCAAAAUGAGCAGAUAACAGCAAAGGUUGCUAGGUUCAUAGGCAAUCAAAAUAAGGGCCACUAACUGACGGCUGAUUCAGGACUUUAAAUUGUGCUCUUAUAUCAAAUUUCCAUUUCUGCAUGUACAGUGGUACCUCAGGAUGCGAACGGGAUCCGUUCCGGAGCCCCGUUCACAUCCCAAAGAGAACGUAAGAUGCAACAGCGCGCAUGCACGGGUCGUGUUUCGCCGCUUCCGCGCAUGCGCGUGAUGUCAUUUUGACCGUCUGCGCAUGCGCGAACGGCAAAACCUGGAAUUAACGCACUCCAUUACUUCCUGGUCGCCGUGGACUGCAACCCAAAAGUGCUCAGCCUGAAGUGUAUUUAUCCCAAGGUAUGACUGUACUGUAAUGUUUUACUGUUGCUAUGGCCAUUGGCUAAUGCGAAUAAAGUAUGAUCUUAUCUUAUAAAUGGGGGUGUCUUAUAGACAGAAAAAUACAGUACAUUUGGAGGACCAUCGGUUCCCCAGCUCUGCACUUGAGCAGGCCACCCUUUGCUCCCCAUAAUACUGACUCACCUUGCAAGGGUGUCGUGAGGACUGUGAAGUGCUUUGAAUGCUCUGAAGUGCCGUAUAAAAACGAAAGGUUUGGUUAUUAUUACCCAAGUCUGGAGGUGGGUUUUCACUUCUCCUCAUAUUCGCCAACAGACAGUGUGCAUUAGCCGCUCUUCGGGACGUCCAAACCUAUCUGAGUGUGGAAGAGGGACAAGUUGCGGUAAGGAGGCAAAAGCCCGUAUCCCUCUUAAGAGUUCCUUAGAUUGCACCCUUGUUCCACUGCCUCGCUCUUCCCUUGCACAGGUUUUUGAUGCCACCAACACCACGCGGGAACGGCGGACCCUAAUCCUGCAGUUUGCCAAGGAGAACGGCUACAAAGUAAGCAGUCAAGUGAGCAGCCGGUAGGCAGAGGAGUUAGUCAGAGUCCCCUGUGCCAAAAGUUGUGUGUGAAGGGAACUCGGGUUCUAAAUUCUGCAUUUAGGAGUAUUCCUUUAAGGCAGGGGUAGCCAACUCCCAAGAGACUGCAAUCUACGGUACUCACAAAGACUGGCAGUGAUCUACCCCCUUUUGGGCGGUUCAGGUCAAAGUUGUUGAGCUCUUUUUAGAGACGAGGAAAGACCCGUUUUUUGGGGGUGCAGGGCAAAAAAGGGGAACCAAACUUGUUAAACUUCUUUGGGAGGAGACAGUGAUCUACCAGUGAUGUACCACAGACAUCCAGUGAUCUACCAGUAGAUCACGAUCUACCUGUUGGACAUACCUGCUUUAAGGCAUGGGCAGGCAAACUAAGGCCCGGGGGCCGGAUCCAGCCCAAUUGCCUUCUUAAUCCGGCCCGCGGACGGUCCAGGAAUCAGCGUGUUCUUACAUGAGUAGAAUGUGUCCUUUUAUUUAAAAUGCAUCUCUGGGUUAUUUGUGGGGCCUGCCUGGUGUUUAUUUUUGGUCUUUGUGGAAGCCUCCCAGAGUGGCUGGGGAAACCCAGCCAGAUGGGCAGGGUACAAAUAAUAAAUUAUUAUUAUACACGAGUAGAAUGUGUGCUUUUAUUUAAAAUGCAUCUCUGGGUUAUUUGUGGGGCAUAGGAAUUCAUUCAUUUUAUUUUUUCCCCAAAAUAUAGUCUGGCCCCCCACAAGGUCUGAGGGACAGUGGACCAGCCCCCUGCUGAAAAAGUUUGCUGACCCCUUCUUUAAGGUGGUGGCGGCAGCACUUUGGAACUCCCUGCCUGUUGAUAUCAGGCAGGCACCAUCACUGUUCCAUUUUAGACAUCUGCUGAAAGCUUUUCUGUUUCAACAGGUCUAUCUGGAUACAUAAUUUGGUUACAUCUGUUCUUAAAUUUAUUAUGGAUGUUUUAUUGGGCUUUAAUUGUUUUAGAGGUUUUUAAACAGUUGUAAACAUGUUUUUUUAAUUGUAUUUUUCUAUCAGAAUGAAUUUAUACAAAAUUUAUACAGAAUGAAUUAUGAAAACUUAGGGUUUGAUGGGCAUACCUUUGCUCAUUCACUGUUAGCGGACAACGGGGGUCUUUUUCAGUGGGCUCCAGAUCUCCUGCCACAUUUUACACACAUACACAUACACACACACACACACACACACACACACACACGGCAGCUGGGAAAAUUAGAAAGUGCGGUUCUGGUGAGACCCCAGCCACACACUUACUUUCCCAGAGACAUCUAUUCAUAUAAAUUAGCACAUGUGAAUUUAUGUUAUGCCAGUAACAUAACAUAAGUACCCUUAAAUACCAAGCAUUGCCCUUGGUUAGAGAUCCAUAUGGGGAAAAGGAAGAGAUAACAGGUAUCCCCCAUCAAAAAAAUUACGAUGCUAUUUGCACAACGAAGAGCAUAUUGCUACAACCACAAUGAGACACCUGCAAGCAUAAAAGUCAAAACCUGAGAUCCUUAUAAAUACAACUCUGCACCCAAACCAACAUUUGUGUUGAAAUCUCAGCAUGUGUUAAUGAAAAUGGGAGACAUGGUCUCCACCCCCCAAUAAUUGAAAUAAAUACGAUAGAGAUUUUGUUUCCUGGGUAUAUUUGUCUUUCUUACUUUGCGCUGUCAUCUCUGGCCAAAUAGAUUUUGAAGACUUUUUAAAAGCACCACAAAAGCCUGUAAAAUUUGCUCACCAGUAGCAACCCUUCCACUUUGUACUCCUUCAUAUUCUCUGGGGAGGGGGGAAGCAACCAUCUGGCUCCAGCCACCCAAAGAAAACUGUUCUGAUGGCAGCUGCUUGCCUACCACAUACGUUCUCCUGCCAUGACAUAUCACUCUGUUACUACAGGUCUUCUUCAUUGAAUCUAUCUGCGAUGACCCUGAUAUCAUCCAGGAGAAUAUCAAGGUAAGACCUCUCUUCUCUUUUGCACCAGAUCAGCCUUUGUGGCAAUGCUUAGAGAAGUGUGAAUGUCCCAAGGGCAACUGUGUUCCAGUGCAAGCAUGGGCUGCGGAAUGGUGACUAGAUAGGUUCACAUGAAAAUGUGAGCUGAAAUGAAUUUCUCUGGCACUGAAAAUGGGGCUAAGUGCUUAUGAGCCCUGCCUUCAAUGAAGCACAGCAUCCCAAACCUAGCAUCCUUUUCCAGCCAUCCUACUGGCAGGAGAGGAUCAACACCAUCCUUUCUCUUAAGCUUACACCAAUAUGGAUUCAGCCUGACUGGUUGUGUGUGUGUGUCCGUAUCCCUUUCUCCACCCUUGCCUUGCUUUGUUGUUUUGCUUCCUCACAUCACCCACAGCAAGUGAAGCUGACCAGCCCUGACUAUAAGGACUGCAACCGAGAUGAAGUGGUAGAGGAUUUUCUCAAGCGGAUCGAGUGCUACCAGAAAACCUACCAGCCACUCGAUGACGACUUGGACAGGUGAGAAGGCAGUUCUGCCACUGCUUGCAAGGCCUGCCUUGCAAAGGGGAGGGAACGCUGUGUGUAUUCCAUAUACACUGGUACCUCGGGUUACAUACACUUAGGUUACAUACGCUUCAGGUUACAGACUCCACUAACCCAGAAAUAGUACCUCGGGUUAAGAACUUUGCUUCAGGAUAAGAACAGAAAUCGUGCGGCAGCGGCGCGGAGGCAGCAGGGGGCCCCAUUAGCUAAAGCGGUACCUCAGGUUAAGAACAGUUUCAGGUUAAGAACAGACCUCCGGAACAAAUUAAGUUCUUAACCCGAGGUACCACUGUACCAAACUUGCUGGGAGUCUGAAUUUGCAGCAAAGAGGAUUUCAACCAUCUAUAAACAGCAUCAGCAGCAAGCCACGCAAAAGGUUGAAAAUAACUGAGCCUUCCAUUAAACAUAAAAAUGUAAUAUGAGAACUGCCUUGCUGGGUUAAGAUGGACUUCCCCUUUCUCCUCCACAGCAUUUGGUUCUCAAAAAGUACACUGCCUGGCACAUGGAGACUCUACUAAGCUGCCAUGAUUGUAGCCAUUUAUGGACCUAUUUACUCUGUUUUAAAACAUGUUUAUACUACCUUUCCUCAUACCAGACUGCAGGGAAGCGUGCAACCAUCACCCCGCUUUCUUACUGGUUCUUGACUAUCUCAUACACCAAAGUUUAGUACUGAAUUUGCUCCCCAAGAUUCCUCAGGGAAUUCAUAGACAGAGCAUGUCAUCAGUUGCCUUUUGCUGUUCCCAGCACUUUGUAGUCACAGAUCUGCUGCUGUACACAGAGCCGAUCUUUGGCUCUAGGCCCUCGUACCUACGGGACCGCCUCUCCUGGUUUGUCCCACCGAGGACCUUAUGGUCUUCAAAUAAAAACAUCUUGGAGAUCCCGGGACACAGGGAGGUUAGGCUGGCCUCAACCAAAGCCAGGGCUUUUUCGGCUGUGGCCCCGAUCUGGUGGAAAGCUCUGUCACAAGAGAGUAGGACUUGACAUCUUUCCGCAGGGCCUGCAAGACAGAGCUGUUCCACCAGGCCUUUGGCUGAGGCACAGUCUGACCCCCUCCUUUGGUAAUCCUCACAGAACUCUAGCCCAAUGGUUGCCAUUAAUUUGAUUCUGAAUUGAUUUUAGAAUGAAUUGAUUUUAGAAUGCUGUGUUACUUUUAUUGUUGUUAGCCACUCUGAGCCCGGCUUUGGCUGGGGAGGGCAGGAUAUAAAUAAAAUGUUAUUAUUAUUAUUAUUACUACUACUACUAUUACUACUAUUAUUACUAUCAUGGCUAAUAGUCAUUUGUGUUGUGUAAGCUACUCAUUAUUAUUCUGUAGUAUAAAAUUCCGUAGGUUUAUUACCCAACGAAUGAGCAGCGCAGAAUUCCCCAGGGAGUCUCACAUGGACUGUGCAAGGGCUUCUAAUCUCACCCUCUCCCACUCAACAUCCACAGGUCCCUGUCCUACAUCAAAAUCUUCAACGUUGGCAGUCGGUACCUGGUGAACCGGGUUCAGGACCAUGUACAGAGCCGCACAGUCUAUUACCUGAUGAAUAUCCACGUGACGCCCCGCUCCAUCUACCUCAGUCGGCAUGGGGAGAGUGAGCUCAACCUGCGGGGCCGCAUUGGGGGCGACUCUGGACUGUCUGAGCGCGGCACACAGGUACAGCGGAACCCUACCCGCCAAUCAAAAGGCAAAAAACAGGUUUUUAUUACUGUGAAUUCCUGUGUUUAAAGAAGGACGGAAGCACUGUCACUUUUAUUUCGGAAUAACCUUCCUUGUUGAUUUCUCCUUGUUGACGGGUCCGUUUUCAGCUUCCUCCAAACUAAACUGGGAAAGCUAGUAGAAUCCUAUCUGGGUAAAGUGGUAAGAAAUGGCAUAUGUCCCAUUACUGGUGGCAUUAGGGCUGCCAUAUGUCCAGAUUUCCCCAGACAUUAACAGGAUUUCAAAGGCUGAAUUGACGUCUGAGGGAAUUUCUGAAAGGCAGCACUCUGUCCUGGAUCUCAGGCAAGUCAAUCGAAAAAUCGUGGGUUUUUUGGCAUUUUUGUAAAAGAAAAAGUUCAACAACUUUGGUGGUGUUCUGGUUUUUGCUUUUUGAAAUAUGGCAACCCUAAUUCCUAUGAUACUUUCUGUGCCCACUGAAGACCUUUCUUUCCCAAUAAGCCUUUUGAGUGAAGGAUGGUGACGGUGACGAUCCCAGUCUGCAUCUAUAUUGACCUUGAAAUUAUUUUCAAGUAUGCUUUUUAUUAUUGAUGUUUAGAUCACUUUUUAUGGGAAGUGAUUCACAAGUGGAAUAAGUAAAAUGCUAACAAUCAACGGGCUUCAUGGAAAAGCACAGAGUUGCAUUCAACAAAGCAAGGACUUUCACAGAACUUGCUCUCCCUCUUCCCCACCGCCAACAUAAGAUGCUCUGGAUGGCUGGCGGAAGCACCAGAACAGAUGGCAGGAUGCACAGGGGGUGGCGAUGGAGCGAAGGUUCUGUUGCACAAGCAAAAGUCCUUGCACAAACGGGGCAACUUCAUUGGAUACAACCCCUCACAUAGAGGCUGUCAUAUUUCCCAGACAUAUUUGAACCUAGGUUUGUUCAGUGUUUCCACAGUAACAGCUCCAACGAAGUUAUUCCUGAUGAACAGUCUCCCGUUAAUAUUUUUAACAUGGAAGUGUUUACAUGACUCUUUUAACAAAAACCUGUCCUUGAGCUCCAAGAUGAUGUUGUGCACGCAUGAGUGAUAAAUUUGCAGACACAAUUGCCACCACUUCCCCUCUCAGAGAAUGCACAACAUAGAUUCCUCAAUGCCAUUACCUGUAUAGUCAUACCUCAAGUACCGGAAAGGGUUACUUCCGGGUUUCCCUGCUCGCACAUGCGCAAAAUGACGUCACGUGCAUGCACAGAAGCGCCGAAUUGCAACCCGCGCAUGCGCAGAUGCGCCGCUGCGGGUUGCGCUCUUUUCAUUUUGCGAACGGGCCUCCGGAACGGAUCCCAUUCGCAACCAGAGGUACCACUGUAUAGCAGAAAGAAGUGCAUUUGUUCUUGCAGUGUCUUGCCCUCAACUCUGGGAGAAAUUCACACACCAAAGAGGUCUGAGAAUCUCUUGCCUCACAGCAAACCUCUGUCCCUCAGCACUUCUCCUCACCUUCUGUCUUGUUCUGUCUCUCUGCCUGCCAGUACGCCUGUGCCUUGGCUGGCUUCAUCCGCUCCCAGUGCAUCCGUGACCUCAAAGUAUGGACGAGCCACAUGAAGCGCACAAUCCAGACGGCAGAGGCACUGCAUGUGCCCUACGAGCAGUGGAAAGCCCUGAACGAGAUUGAUGCGGUGAGGACCAACAGGAAAUGAGCACAAUCUCUUCUUCCCACAGUGGGGGAACUAGGAACUAGGGUCUCGCACUUCUUUGGUCCUAAUCCACCAGCCCUGCCUGCUACUAGGAGGCAUGGCUUCCUGUUCCAAAAUCCCUUAUUAGAAGAAGAGUUUGGAUUUGAUAUCCCGCUUUAUCACUACCCUGAGGAGUCUCAAAGCGGCUCACAUUCUCCUUUCCCUUCCUCCCCCACACCAAACACUCUGUGAGGUGAGUGGGGCUGAGAGACUUCAGAGAAGUGUGACUGGCCCAAGGUCACCCAGCAGCUGCAUGUGGAGGAGCGGAGACGCGAACCCGGUUCACCAGAUUACAAGUCUACCGCUCUUAACCACACCACACUUUCUCCCCAGAAAGCUAGGGAGUCUAGACAUCCCAGCUCCUUCCUUCAGCGUAUAUGCUCCUUCCUGUUUUAUGCCAAGAAUGUAGGCUGAAUUCAGAUAUCCCAGCUUCAUUUCGCCCCCAGGGUGUCUGUGAGGAGAUGACCUACGAAGAGAUCCAGGACCACUUCCCAGAAGAGUUUGCCCUACGAGACCAGGACAAAUAUCGGUACCGCUAUCCUAAGGGAGAGGUAAGGAAUGCCCAGUGGGGCAUCUGGGGGCUGAGCAUACUUAGCACAUCACACGCAUGGGAACUGACCUGUGGAACCUCGGGCUCCCAAUGGGAAGAGCUGGUUGCGAAGAGGAAGCAUGCAGCCUACCAUGGAAGAGAGUUAUGAAACUCCUCGAGGGAGGGAGGGAGGGAGGGAGGGCCUUAGGACCAAAGCCAGGACUAAGGGCAUCUCUGGAUAACCUAAUGCUUACAUCCACCCAGUCUUACGAGGAUCUGGUGCAGCGCUUGGAGCCUGUCAUAAUGGAGUUGGAGAGACAAGAGAACGUGCUGGUUAUCUGCCAUCAAGCGGUCAUGCGCUGCCUUCUUGCCUACUUCUUGGACAAGAGUGCAGGUACCAGAGUACCCUGUUCUGCAUUUGCAAGCUCCCCCUCCCAAAUCUAGUAUCAUGUGUAUGGCAGCAGUUUUGAGCCCAAGUCCCUACGGUCUCCUGCAGAGGGUGGGGCAUUCUCCCAUAAAUAGCAUUUCCUCCUCAUAGCACCCACUGCCAGAAAAUGAUGGCUUUUCUCUCUUGCAAUCUGAUAUUUGGAGUAUUCACUAGUGAGGCUGACAGUUGUUUUCCUCUCCCCACCAAUACACCACCCUCCACAGACUGAGUAAGGGGCUGGAUCCCUGCUCAGUGCUCCUCUUUGUCUCAUUUGCUGUUCUCUCUCCAUCCAGAGGAGCUGCCUUACCUCAAGUGCCCGCUGCACACCGUUCUCAAGCUCACACCUGUGGCCUAUGGUGAGUGUCUGAAUCUAGGAGAACAACUCAAUACCCCCUUCCUCAAGCAAGAGGCCUGCUGGUGGAUUUCAGAAGUCCUGGUUAUUUGCUUUAAGAAAGAGCUGGGAGAUACCUUACCCCCAAAAAACAUUUGGGGCUGGGGAACUUUUUUGGCUUCAUGGGCAAGAUCCCUAUUAGGACCUACGUUGCAAGCCAAAUUCCAUCCACCUGUCAAAAUCCUUUGUGCUUUGGAAGUCUUCCUCCCUACUCCCUUUAAAGCAUGUCAUUCCAAAACUGUCGAGAAUUCACUUAGCCCCACUUCCAGUACAUUCCCUCUCUCGCUGUGGCUGUGGGAGAUUAAAAGCAAACAUACUGGCUGUUUUCAAGUAAUCAAAUGCUUGCCUAAUAAGCCCAGAUGCAUAUGAGCUCCUUUGCUGCUUCUUGAACUCAUCCCUCCACGUGACAAUAAAGCCAGUUAACCACAGCUUGACAUUUCUUAUAAGAACAUAAGAAGAGGCUGCUGGAUCAGGCCAAUGCCCUUACAAAGAAGCCAGAAUUUGCAAGCCAACUUUAAACCAUGAACGCCCUAUUGCUCCUCUUCACUUUUUGUCUGUUGUUCCUUUAAUCUAAAUCUUCAAGAAAGGCUUCUUAGUUUUGCAGGCGCUAUUAAAAAUAAUGAAGUGUUGUUUUAAAAAACCACUCAGAUGACUCUCUCCCAGCUAUACUCUCCUAGGGUAACAGCCUAGGCCAGGUAAAAGAAGAGGGGUAAAAACAAAAAACAAAAAACCCCAGCAAGAGCUCCACCAACAACUGCCAUGAUGGGAGUCCAAGCCAGCUUCACUGCCGUGCUGUUCACCAGCUCAGAAUGCUCUUUGAGCUGCCAAGGUCUUCCCUUUAGUCCUGCCUAAGUCAGUCUCCCAGUUUCCAACCAGGACAAUUAACUAUUCCCUCAGACAAGAAGAAGAGUUUGGAUUUGAUAUCCCGCUUUAUCACUACCCGAAGGAGUCUCAAAGCGGCUCACAUUCUCCUUUCCCUUCCUCCCCCACAACAAACACUCUGUGAGGUGAGUGGGGCUGAGAGACUUCAAAGAAGUGUGACCGGCCCAAGGUCACCCAGCAGCUGCAUGUGGAGGAGCGGGGAAACGAACCCGGUUCCCCAGAUUACAAGACUACCGCUCUUAACCACUACACCACACUGGCUCUAAAGAAGCUUGUCCCAGCCUAUCCUUUAACUGCAAAAUGCACAUGAGCUGAAAAAAGGCACAGGUGGCCUGGUAAAUGCUGGGUACAUCCAUCAAUGUUCAGUAAUUGUAGGGUUGUUAUUUGGGACAGGUUGCGAGGUGGAAUCGAUUUUCCUCAACAUUGAGGCUGUGAAUACACACCGGGAACGGCCACAGGUAAGCGGGAACCCUGCCACAUUGAGAAAUAUCCCUAACCAAGGAUCUAGUUGGAUCCUCUGGAAAGGGUCUGUUGAAAGACCUUGCAUGCAGUUGGAAGAAUUCCACAUAGCAGUGGCUUGCUAUAAAGCUUGUCUCCAGGUGAUGCUGUUGAGAACCAAGAGCUUUGCUCACCAGCUGCACCACUUAGUCCUACCUGCUGACAUCACUCCAUGGGGAUCCUCCAACAGGAAAGACCACCUUGUUCAUACUCAUAUUUGUCCCUCUGUAAUAUUUUCCUCUUAUCUUCCCACCCCCACUCCCAGCAUCUUUCCUACAAAGCUAGCCAGGCCCCCUUGUACCGGCACCACCACAAUGUGCCAAUGGCCAGCCCUCAGCCAACCAAACGACCCUGCUGGAGUGAUCUGGGGCGGUCCCCUCCCCCUUGCCUGUUUGGCCCUCAGGUAAAGACUCCCCUACCCUCAGGGGUGGAGGAAGGGGGGUGCGGUGGGGGUGGGCUGCCUUGUGUGUCACCACUGAGGGGGGUGACAAAAUGCUGGGCGGCACUCACCGCGCCCGAGCCAUGUGUUUCUCUUGGGAGUGACGCGGUGUCUUGGGUCCCCGCAGGCUCCGCGCUGCCCCAAACGGUCUGCCUGCCUCCUCCUCCUCAGCUGUAGGGCGGCUGAGUGGGAGGAGGUGGGCAGACUCCUCAAAGCCCCCGCAGGUGGCUGGCCCUGCCCCUGGGCACAGGGCACACACACUGCCCCAGGCUCCCGCUCGUCUUGCUCUACCCUAUCCGGCUCACUAACCUAAUACUAUCCCUCCACAGACCUUAAUUGGCUUCACUUGCUGUAAAUCCAAGUUCUUUUGCUAACCUGGUUAAUUAGGUGUGGGUAGUUUUCCAAGCAAAUUAUUUCUCCUUCGUAGCUACUGGGAUAGGGUUGCCAUAUUUCAAAGAAUUCCUGACACCCGCAAAGUUUUUAGGAAGAUCCAAAAAUUGUUGAGCUUUUUUGGGGAAACAUCCCCCCAAAAUAGUGAUGUUAAGCUUCUGGAGCUGUUUCCGCUGCUUUUUCCAUUGCAUUGCCAUAGAUCUGGGUUUUCCCUGACAUUAUGCCAAUUGUGCAAAAUCCUCCCCCCCCCCGCCACACCCUAUUUACACCCGAAAACCAGGACGUGUCAGGAAUUUUCCCAACGUAUGGCAAGCCUAUACUGGGAGAUGGGAGCAGAUUAUUAUGGCAAUACCUUAAAGACAAGGCUGCAUUGUGCUGGUCAAUUCACAUUACACAAGAAAAUCAUAUUUGCAAGGUGGAGCGGUGCAAUGGUCUUGCCAAAUAUUGGUCCACAUUAGAAGAAAUGAUAAAAUAGAGGUGGCAGAACAGAGGAGUGCAGUGCAGACAUUCCAGCUCCAAUUCUAAUGGAACCAUUUCACCAUGCUAGUUUAAUUGGGUGCGGAUAGGGUGUUCAGUUCCCCCCUAACUUUGUUUUCUAAUUUAAGCCACCGUUCAACCAUCUUGCACUUCUUUUCCUUUCUCUUUCUGCAGAAUGUGGAUGUAGCAAGAAAUCCUGAGGAAGCACUAGGCACAGUGCCAGACCAUUAUUAACCAUGCUGCUUAUAUUAAGAGAAUCCUACCUUCCAUUCUGCUGGCACUCAUCCAGGCAACACAGUGCCACCCAGAGAAAUAGUGGUGGGUGCAGGAGUUCUGGACCAUUUUGCCUGCACACUGCCUUAUGAGUGAGUGGGCCUCUUGAAUAGCAAUUUGUGGUCUAGGAUUGCCUGCCAUAGGAUGUGUGAGGCCCUGGCAGAGACUGUUCACUAAGAAAGAAAAAGGCUGUAAACAAACAAUGGGGUGGGUGAGGAUGGGAUGAAGAUAGGCCUGGAUUUUAAGCCCUGUUGUUUUCAUUUUGAGACAGUUUAGCACGUGCUUACAUUUUCAAUAGGAUAUAAAAACAUUUGCUCCGACUGGAUGUGCCCUAUAUUUUUAUUUUGUUUUAAUGAAAAAAACACUCUUUACAAUGUGUGUUAUCCAUAUUACAGAAGCAGUUAAAUAAAUAUUCUAUAUCUGAGUA